AUGUCUGUUGUUCGAAUCCCGUCUAAGACGUUGACGGGAAGGAGGUUUAGUGCACAAUCGCACCCAUCUUUUAGCACAUUUUGGACAGAAACGUCUCACGCAAACUUGGCACAGCGACAUCGAGACCGCCCGCAGAAAGCAUCAAUUGUGAGCACUCAGGUUCACAACGAGACUGAGGAGUUCUUUGAGGGCGUCCAGCGCCAGAUGGCCGUGAUCCUGAUCGACCAGCUGAUCGGUGUGCUUCAGGGCCUUCUCGUUCGACUGACGCGCUACGACGAGAAUAACCUAAUCUCCUCAAUCCUCACACUCACGGUGGGCAGGCUGUUUCUAGUUUUUCACAAAACAUCACCCAUUUGUUGUCCAGGCCAAUUGUUCUCCAGUCUGGAUAGUCUCGAAACUCUACUUAUAAACAAAAAAGUAAUAUAA